AUGAGCGCCUACUCAUUUAGAAAACUGAUCAAUCUACAAAUAUCCCCCUGCGUCGCCGCCGAAACCCCUAAUGUCGUGUCGAUCUCACUACAUCCUGGAGUUGUCGACACGGAGAUGACGAUUGAUUCGUUCGAACGAUGUGCGCUGGAUACACCGGAGCCUGUGGCUGGCGUUGGGGUGUGGUUGUGUACGGAAAAGGCUAGAUUUUUGAAUGGACGGUUCGUCAAUAGUAAUUGGGAUGUGGAUGAUUUGUAUGAGCGGAGAGAAGAGAUUCAGGGUGGGAAGUUUCUCCAGGUUGACCUUAUGGGACCUUUUGUACCGAGCAAUUUGAGAAAUAAUUAUUUGAAUGCGUAG